AGGGUUUUCGGAAGCGGGCCGCACACGUACCUUCGGGGGAGGAGCGCGGGCUCCUUUCCCGAACAGCGGCUGUUAAUCGAGCUUACAACAGGGAGUCUCCUCCUCGCUUUGUGAAUUCGGGUGAGACUUUUUGAUGAUACAUCAAUCCCCGAUUCGUGAUUAUUUUUGAGGGUGUCAUAGAGUAAACUAGUAAUCGAGAUGGGAGUCCCACUCUGAUUGUAACGCUCUUCCGGAAAUAAAAGUUAAAUUAUUACUCGAAAGUAACGCCAUCAUAAAUGACCACCUCCUGACCACUUGCAUGCUACGGCAUUAAAACUCAAAGAGCUCUGAAUUACUUCAAAGAUGUCACGAUGCCAAAACAAUUAAUUUUCCUUAGUUUGGCAUAAAUUUGACUGAAAACUAUCAACAAUUCUCCAAUGCGACAGUGACGAUCGACAAACUUUACGAAGAAAAUUUUGACAAUGUUCUAUCCAAAGCCAAACUGAAAUAAUCUUGAAUUGCGAAUUGUCACCUUGCUUUUUAUGGCACAAAAUAAUGUUGUGCGUUUUUUGAAAACGUCUGCUACGCAGGCUACCUGGUGCGCAGCUAAGGUUACCCUAGCUACCCUCCCCCAAAGGAGAAAAAGGAAGGCGGGAGUCCUAAGGUACCCUAGCACCAUGGUUGUAAUCAGGGCCUGAAAGAACAGACAUUUAUUUUUAAAAUGCAUGUGUUGCUUCUUUUUCACAUAGGAGGUGCUCUACCUGCCGACGUAAGAAAUCUCUCCGAACUGGAAGUUUCUUUGGAGAGCUGUCAAGAGUCCCGUUGGGAAAAAUUCUCUUGUGUAUGUAUUUCUGGAGCGUUCGUGAGCUACGUACGACUGUUGCAAAUAUGCUCACUCUGUCGAAGAAUACUGUCGGGAACAUCUACGCAUUACUUCGGCAUUAUUGUGGAAGAGAUCUACAAGAUAGACCCGUUAUUCCAUUCGGGGGUAGAGUGUACGUUGUAAAAUGCGACGAAAGCCAGUUUAAACAUAAAUCCAAGUAUCAACGAGGGCGAAGACCAAGGGACGACGUAUGGGUUUUUGGAGUUAUCUCAACAGAGUAUAACCCAUGCCGCGGUUAUUUCCAGGUGGUUCCACGGCGAGAUAGAGCGACAUUAACUCAAAUAUUGCAAAGGGUUCUUCUUCCGAGGUCAGAGGUUCACUCAGAUGACUGGGCUGCCUAUAGGAACUUGCCGCUUCNUUUUUUUUUUUGCGUGUUUAUGACCGUGACAAAGCUAAUCACAGCAUGA